AUGAUGGUCAAUUUGAAUAUUGAUAUUUUAUUGUUAGCACCUGAGAUCAUGGAUAAGAAUAGUUUCUGCGUCGUAGAACAUUUGACGCCCCAUAAGUUUAAUCUUUCGGGUAAGUGCUUUUCAGGGCCUGUUCAACACACAAACCUUGCUUUAAUGAACUGUCCAAAUUCGAGGCCAGUAGUGUCUUUAGAGGGAUUAGAUAGGUGUUUUAGUAGUGAAGUAGGUUUUUUAUGUCCCAAAAAUGUCUUAAAGUCGGUUUCUAGCUUGCAAUGGUUGGGUUUUGCUUGGAAUCCGAACCUGAAACUUUCUUUCCCGUGGAACCACGAGGUCGCCCCAGACUGUGACCAUAUCCAUCCGCUAAUUCAUCUUGGAGGCAGAUAUUUCCUCUCAACAACUUCUGGAACAUUAACUUUAAGCAGCGGCGAGUUAGAUGUUUCUCCAUUGGCAGUUUAUAACUUUCUGUGCAACGUCAGUUUCAUCCGCAUGAAAAGGAGCUUAGGCACCUGUCCUCAAAGACUACUGGUAUCACUUCCACUGUUUUCAACUGAUAUGAUUACAUAUGUUCAGUGGGAUCCAAACUCAGAUGAUGUCACUCCGCUGGACUUGCAUCAAGAAUCCCCGACCAUUCAACCACCUAUUAAGAUUAACCGUACUGUGAUUGACAAUUUUGAUCAGUUGUUUCAGCGUUACGAUGGCCAGCUUAGUGAUACUUUGCAGAAGGCAGACAGUCUUAUUGAUCAGAUAGAAGAAACUACUAUUUCCAGUUACGUCGAGUACAUUGCU